AUGGCGGUCACCGGGCAGCGAGUGCUGGGCUGGGGGGCCCGCGCCGCCGCCCUGUGCCGCGGGCUGCGCUCCGGCCCCCCGAGGCUGCAGGACACGGCGGGGGCGGCUGCCAAGGAGACGGAGAAGCAGAGCGCGACCGAGCAGAGCUCUUCAAUCCUGCAGAGGAACUCCAUGAGAUGGGAUGGCAAGGUUUAUGAAGAGGUCCCGAUAGCUCACAUCAAAGCAACGUACAACAACACGCACAUCCAGGUGGUGAGCUUUGACAACCAGCCGUUUUCCCGCACGUCCUGCGGCACAGAGGGCUUCCAGAACGCCAAGAAGGGCACGGCCAUCGCAGCCCAGACCGCAGCCAUGGCCGCAGCUGUGGCUGCCAUCAAGGGGCUGACAAUGGGAGGUUUGGAGGUCAUCUCCAUCACAGACAACACCCCAGUCCCCCACAAUGGCUGCCGCCCACGCAAAGCCAGGAGACUGUGA